GAGAGAGAGAGAAAGGAGAGAUUUCGAUGUGAAUAGCAAAGUGAAAAGAAAGAAUAAUAAGAAGAAAAAGAAGAAGAGAAGAAGAAUAAAAGAAAAUGUUUGAUGAUGGUGAAGUACCGGAGCAAAUCCAGCGGUUCAUAGCAUCUCCACCUCCCCCUCCUCCGCAUCUGCUGCAUCAACCGGGGGCGGAAAGAUCACUCCCUUUUCCUAUCCCAUUCGCUUCCUAUAACACAAAUCAAGCCCAGCUUAUGUUGAGCCUCGAUAGCCGUAAGAUCAUUCACCAUCAUGAUCAUCACCAUGACAUCAAAGAUGGUGGUGCUACUUCUGAGUGGAUGGGUCAUGAUGGUGAUAAUCAUCACCACCAUCAUCAUCGUCAAUGGUGUAGUGAUGAAGUCCUUGCCCUUCUUAGAUUCAGAUCUACGGUGGAGAAUUGGUUUCCUGAAUUCACUUGGGAGCACACCUCAAGAAAGUUGGCAGAAGUUGGGUUUAAGAGGACUCCACAAGAAUGUAAAGAGAAAUUCGAAGAAGAAGAGAGAAGAUAUUUCAGUAGUAACAACAACACUACUGAUCAUCACAUCAGGAAUUACAACAACAAGGGAAAUUCUAGGAUAUUUAGUGAGUCUGAAGAGUUUUAUCAUCAUGGUCAUGAUGAUGACUACGUCUCAUCAGAAGUUGGUGAUAACCAAAACAAGAGGAACAAUUCACUAGAGGGAAAAGGAAACGUUGAGGACGAAAGGGCACUAGACUUAUUGGAGGUGGACAGAACAGAUCAUCAGGAUCAGGGUCAAGUAGAUGAAUCAUCAAUGGGGAAAAUAAACUCUGUUGAUAAUGCUGGCAAAGUUAGAAACGUGGAAGAUGAUGCGAAAUCAUCAUCAUCAUCAAGCUUGAUGAUGAUCAUGAGAGACAAUAAGAAGAGGAAGAGAAAGAAAGAGAAGGGGAAGUUUGGUGUGUUGAAAGGGUUUUGUGAAGGUCUUGUGAGGAACAUGAUAGCCCAACAAGAGGAGAUGCAUAAAAAGCUUUUAGAAGACAUGGUGAAGAAGGAAGAAGAAAAGGUGGCAAGAGAGGAGGCUUGGAAGAACCAGGAGAUGGAGAGGCUCAGCAAAGAGGUAGAGAUUAGAGAAAAAGAACAAGCCAUGGCUAGUGAUAGAAAUGCCAACAUCAUCAAGUUCAUAUCCAAGUUCAGAGACCAUGAUCAUCAUGAUGGUGGGAAUUCUAAGAUCCAAAGCUCUUCUCAAGACUCAUCGUCUUUAGCUCUACCAAGAACCCAAAGCAGCAGAAAGUCUCAAACUUCAUCAUUAUCUCAAGCCCUAACUCCACAUAACCAAUUAACUUCUCUUCAACCCAUACAAAAAGCACUUGAACCCAUUUCGACUAAAACCCUAAAAACCAAAACCCAAAACCCAAAACCUCCAAAAAGUGAUGAAAAAAGUGAUCUUGGCAAGAGAUGGCCUAGGGAUGAGGUGUUGGCUCUUAUCAACAUUAGACGCAGUAUCAGUAACAUGAAUGAUGAUGAUCAUCAUCGUAAAGAUGGGAUAUCACAAUCGUCAUCAUCAUCCUCAAAAGCUGUUCCUUUGUGGGAAAAAAUAUCCAAGAAAAUGUUGGAGGUUGGGUACAAGAGAAGUGCCAAAAGAUGCAAAGAGAAAUGGGAAAACAUCAACAAGUAUUUUAGGAAGACAAAAGAUGUCAACAAGAAGAGACCACUUGACUCAAGGACUUGUCCUUAUUUUCACCAACUUACAGCUUUGUACAGCCAACCUUCCGCUGGGACCACCGCCACCGCCACCGCCACGUCACCCGGAGAUCUCGAAUCCCGACCCGUGGAAAACCGGGUUGGAACCGGAGAUCCUGAUAUUCCUGCAGCCAUGCAUGGAGAUGCAGAUGGUGCCGGCGAAAAAAACAAUGUUCCAUUUUCAGGUUUCGAUCUUGAGUUCUAAAUAAACCCCUAUAUAUACAUAUAUUAUCAGGUUAUAAUCCCUUUUCGUCCUUUUGAAUAAUACCUCAUUUUUGGACUUUGGUUA